AUGAUGUUCUGAUAAGGAAGCAAGAGAACUACAAACAAAUAAUGGGAAAACUAAUUCUGUGGAUUUAUGCUAUCUGCUGUAUCUUGGCUUUGAGUGAUCCUACUACUGCACAAUCUACAGUUACCGAUCCAGGAGAUUCCACUACGGUAGAUCCAGAAACUGCCACAACAGAUUAUACAUCAACAAGUAAUGAUAUCAAUAGUGAAAGUACAACUGCUGGAAGUACAGAUAAUGAAACAACUACAGUUAUUGCAACUACCAAUGCAGCUGAUAAAGAAGUGUCAACUAGUAGUGACAUGUUUGAUACAAGUACCAGCCCAGAAAAGUUGACCACAAGCGGUGGAUCUGGCAUAAUUACCAGCACAGCAGAAGAAUCAACCACAGAAACUACCAGUGCAACAGAAGCACCAGUUACAAUCUAUGGCACGUCUGGUACUAGCACAUCAGAAGCUUUGACAACGUGGGAAACAUCCGACUUAUCUACAGCUAAAGAAUCAUUCACAACUGAUGAUACCACAUAUGUAGGUACCAGAACGGAAGGGCCAGCUAUAACUGGUAAUACAACUGACAUAACCAGCAUAGCACAAGUAGCUUCUACAGCUAGUGACACACCUGAUGUAAGUAGCAGCACAGUAGAGAAGCCAAAUACAACUGGUGACACAUCCGACAUAUCUACCCUCACUGCAGGAGUAUCAACCACAACCAGUGACACGUCUGACUUAACUGCCACAAAUGACUACACAUCUGUUACUUCCAGCUCAGUCAAUGAACCAACUACAUCUGCUGAUACAGCUGACAAGUCUUCCAGCACAGUAGAGAAACCAUCAACAACUGGUGAUUUAACUGAAAUAACUUCCAAUAUUGUAACUGAACUAGCUACAUCUGCAGAUACACCAACAACACCUAUAGACACAUCAACUGCUGAGACAUCCCAGACCACUGAAGAAACCACAACCAGUGACACGUCUGACUUAACUGCAACAAGUGACUACACAUCUGUUACUUCCAGCUCAGUCAAUGAACCAACUACAUCUGCUGAUGCAGCUGACAAGUCUUCCAGCACAGUAGAGAAACCUUCUACAACUGGUGAUUUAACUGAAAGAACUUCCACUAUGGUAACUGAACUAGCUACAUCUGCAGGUACACCAAAAACACCUAUAGACACAUCAACUGCCGAGACAUCCCAGACCACUGAAGAAACCACAAUUAGUAAAACAUCUGACGUAACUGCCACAAAUGACUACACAUCUGUUACUUCCAGCUCAGUCAAUGAACCAACUACAUCUGCUGAUACAGCUGACAAGUCUUCCAGCACAGUAGAGAAACCAUCAACAACUGGUGAUUUAACUGAAAUAACUUCCAAUGUGGCAACUGAACUAGCUACAUCUGCAGGUACACCAAAAACACCUAUAGACACAUCAACUGCUGAGACAUCCCAGACCACUGAAGAAACCACAACCAGUGACAUGUCUGACGUACCUGCCACAAAUGACUACACAUCUGUUACUUCCAGCUCAUUCAAUGAACCAACUACAUCUGCUGAUACAGCCUACAAGUCUUCCAGCACAGUAGAGAAACUAUCAACAACUGGUGAUUUAACUGAAAUAACUUCCAAUAUGGCAACUGAACUAGCUACAUCUGCAGGUACACCAAAAACACCUAUAGACACAUCAACUGCCGAGACAUCCCAGACCACUGAAGAAACCACAAUUAGUAAAACAUCUGACGUAACUGCCACAAAUGACUACACAUCUGUUACUUCCAGCUCAGUCAAUGAACCAACUACAUCUGCUGAUACAGCUGACAAGUCUUCCAGCACAGUAGAGAAACCAUCAACAACUGGUGAUUUAACUGAAAUAACUUCCAAUGUGGCAACUGAACUAGCUACAUCUGCAGGUACAGCAAAAACACCUAUAGACACAUCAACUGCCGAGACAUCCCAGACCACUGAAGAAACCACAAUUAGUAAAACAUCUGACGUAACUGCCACAAAUGACUACACAUCUGUUACUUCCAGCUCAGUCAAUGAACCAACUACAUCUGCUGAUACAGCUGACAAGUCUUCCAGCACAGUAGAGAAACCAUCAACAACUGGUGAUUUAACUGAAAUAACUUCCAAUGUGGCAACUGAACUAGCUACAUCUGCAGGUACACCAAAAACACCUAUAGACACAUCAACUGCCGAGACAUCCCAGACCACUGAAGAAACCACAAUUAGUAAAACAUCUGACGUAACUGCCACAAAUGACUACACAUCUGUUACUUCCAGCUCAGUCGAUGAACCAGCUACAUCUGCUGAUACAGCUGACAAGUCUUCCAGCACAGUAGAGAAACCAUCAACAACUGGUGAUUUAACUGAAAUAACUUCCAAUGUGGCAACUGAACUAGCUACAUCUGCAGGUACACCAAAAACACCUAUAGACACAUCAACUGCCGAGACAUCCCAGACCACUGAAGAAACCACAAUUAGUAAAACAUCUGACUUAACUGCCACAAAUGACUACACAUCUGUUACUUCCAGCUCAGUCAAUGAACCAACUACAUCUGCUGAUACAGCUGACAAGUCUUCCAGCACAGUAGAGAAACCAUCAACAACUGGUGAUUUAACUGAAAUAACUUCCAAUAUGGCAACUGAACUAGCUACAUCUGCAGGUACACCAAAAACACCUGGAGACACAUCAACUUCUGAGACAUCCCAGACCACUGAAGAAACCACAACAAGUGACAUGUCUGACGUAACUGCCACAAAUGACUACACAUCUGUUACUUCCAGCUCAGUCAAUGAACCAGCUACGUCUGCUGAUACAGCUGACAAGUCUUCCAGCACAGUAGAGAAACCAUCAACAACUGGUGAUUUAACUGAAAUAACUUCCAAUAUGGCAACUGAACUAGCUACAUCUGCAGGUACACCAAAAACACCUGGAGACACAUCAACUUCUGAGACAUCCCAGACCACUGAAGAAACCACAACCAGUGACAUGUCUGACGUAACUGCCACAAAUGACUACACAUCUGUUACUUCCAGCUCAGUCAAUAAACCAACUACAUCUGCUGAUACAGCCUACAAGUCUUCCAGCACAGUAGAGAAACCAUCAACAACUGGUGAUUUGACUGAAAUAACUUCCAAUAUGGCAACUGAACUAGCUACAUCUGCAGGUACACCAAAAACACCUAUAGACACAUCAACUGCUGAGACAUCCCAGACCACUGAUGAAACCACAACCAGUGACACGUCUGACGUAACUGCCACAAAUGCCUACAAAACAUCUGUUGCUUCCAGCUCAGUCAAUGAACCAACUACAUCUGCUGAUACAGCUGACAAGUCUUCCAGCACAGUAGAGAAACCUUCUACAACUGGUGAUUUAACUGAAAUAACUUCCAAUGUGGCAACUAAACUAGAUACAUCUGCAGGUACACCAAAAACACCUAUAGACACAUCAACUGCUGAGACAUCCCAGACCACUGAUGAAACCACAACCAGUGACACGUCUGACGUAACUGCCACAAAUGCCUAUACAACAUCUGUUGCUCCCAGCUCAGUCAAUGAACCAACUACAUCUGCUGAUACAGCUGACAAGUCUUCCAGCACAGUAGAGAAACCUUCUACAACUGGUGAUUUAACUGAAAUAACUUCCAAUGUGGCAACUAAACUAGAUACAUCUGCAGGUACACCAAAAACACCUAUAGACACAUCAACUGCUGAGACAUCCCAGACCACUGAUGAAACCACAACCAGUGACACAUCUAAAGUAACUGCCACAAAUGACUACACAUCUGUUGCUUCCAGCUCAGUCAAUGAACCAACAACAUCUGCUGAUACAGCUGACAAGUCUUCCAGCACAGUAGAGAAACCUUCUACAACUGGUGAUUUAACUGAAAGAACUUCCAAUGUGGCAACUAAACUAGCUACAUCUGCAGGUACACCAAAAACACCUAUAGACACAUCAACUGCUGAGACAUCCCAGACCACUGAAGAAAGCACAUUUGAUUCCAUCACUACUAAUGUAGUUGAUCAAAGUACAUAUAUUUAUCCUGAACCAAACACAACUGGAGAAAGAAGUACCCCUGAUAUAAUUUCUAGUACAAUACUAGAUAUACGUUCAACUGGCAAUGGUCCUACUGAUUCUGGUUCUACAUCCAGUUUCAUUCCUGAGAUAAGCACAACAAAUACUGUAAGAAGCAGUCCUGAUGUUAUCACUACUUCACCUGUAGACAUGGGCACAUCUACAGAAAUGUCUACAAAGGAAGUCAUUAGCAGUGCCAUAUCAGAAAAAAGCUCUACAAGAGAAAGUUCCACGGCUUCGAUAACUAGCACCACUGCAUUUGAAAUAAGUUCAGAUUCUGAGAGAACUGUUAUUCCUACAUCAAAUGGUCCAGUCACAAAUAUGCCGCUAGAACAAAGUACCGCAAUGAGUAUAAUCUCUGGCAGAAUCACUGCCACAUCUAAACUAGAACAAAGGACAACAGAAGAAAGAACGCCUUUUAUAACAAGCAGCAUACCACAUGAACUUAGUACUACUGAAGAAAGGCCUACAUCAGCCACCACAAAUGCUGACAUCAACACCAGUAGUAGUGAGGUAAAAACAACAGCAGAAAUACUUGUUACAACAUCACAAAGCACUGUUGAGCAGACCACUGGCAUGAUAAAUCCUACUACUCAGCCUGAAGUUAUCACCACUGGAAACAGAAUUACAGAGACAAUUAUUACAGGGGAGACCAGUGUUAGCGCUGGACCUCAGCUAACUACCACUAUGUUUGCAAUUGCAGUUACAAGUCAAGCUUCUCAAACCAGUACGUCUGAAGAAAGAACAGCUAAAUCUGAGACUGAAUCCAGCACAUCUGGAACACCUUCUGCAGUUGUUACUCUCACUAGGACACAAUCUCAGAGAGUUACAACUGGCAUCAUUACCAGUAGCACUUCUGUGCCGAGUUCAGCUCAAUCUCCAACUGAAAACACAACAAUCCAAGAAACCUUUAGUACCACUAAACAGACACCUCCACAUGUUGUCAGUUCUACAACUCAGACUACCAGUACAUAUAGUCCUACCACUAUAAUCUCCACACACACCACAGAAGCAACCACUACCAUUAAACCUACUUCAACUAUAUUAACCACUACAUCCACUACCAGUACUAUUAAACCUACUUCAACUAUAUUAACCACUACAUCCACUACCAGUACUAUUAAACCUACUUCAACUAUAUUAACCACUAGUACUACAACCCCUGGAUACACAACUACAAUAACCUCUGUGGGGAUUAUAAAUACUACUGUUACAACAUACACACCCAUGACAACCUCCAAUGGACCACUUUCUACUUUAGGCACUAAAUACACAAGUAUAUCUACAGCUUCUUUGCCUUUAAUGUCUACAUCACCCUGGAUAAAUUCCACAACUCUGGCCAUAACAACACAGGCAAUUAUUGUUUGCAACCUGCUAUGUACCAACGGUCAAUGCUACAUCAGUCCUGGAACUACAAACCCUGUGUGCCGUUGUAACAGUGGCUUUAUACCAGACUCAUCACAGUUUGAUAGGAUGUGCACUGAUGUCAAUGAAUGUAGCCAACAGCCAUGUGACCAGAUCUGCUCCAACACAAUUGGUUCAUACUCAUGCUCCUGUCAAGAUGGGUACUCUAAAAACCCAAACAACACAAAUCUGUGCAUUCAGAAUAAUUAUUGUAAGAGCUCACCCUGUGUGCAUGGUCAGUGUCAAAAUGGUCUGUAUAACUACAUAUGCCUGUGUGCUGCUGGAUGGGAGGGAUCAACGUGUAACACAGAUAUUAAUGAAUGUGUCAGAAACAAUCCCUGCAGCUCUCACGGCACUUGCAAAAACACCCUGGGCUCCUACACCUGCAAUUGCAUGUCUGGGUGGAGUGGACCAUUAUGCAGUAUUGAUAUCAAUGAGUGCCUUUCUAACCCAUGUGGCAGUUAUGGAACUUGUUACAACACUAUAGGAAGCUAUGUAUGUUCCUGUAAUUCCGGAUUCACUGGGGUCAACUGUCAAACUAAUAUUAAUGAGUGUCUGAGCAAUCCCUGUACGAAUGGUGCCACAUGCAAUGAUGGCAUCAAUGCUUUCUCCUGUUCCUGUGCUCUAGGUUUCACUGGCAGGUUCUGUGAAUUAAGAAUUAAUUUCUGCAGCAGCACUACAUGCAAGAAUGGUGGCGUCUGCGUUAGUCUGAUAAAUGAUUUCUUGUGCUUUUGUCCAUCUAACUGGCAGGGGAAGAAGUGUACCGAUGAUGUGAAUGAAUGUACAAAUGGGCAAAGCCGAUGCAGUCCUUAUGCAAGCUGUACUAAUACAGUUGGAUCAUAUUAUUGUACAUGCCAGUCUGGAUACAUUGGGGACGGAUUUACCUGCAGAGAGAACAGACUGUUUGAUUAUUCUGGUGGGUUCAGAGCAACCCAGCGCUACAAGGAUUUUGCCUCUCCUAUAAUCAACGUCCCAAUGGGAUUUCCUUUUGGUGGCUCUUUUUACAGCUCAUUAUAUUUCACAGACAAUGGUGUUAUCAUAUUUCGUCGGAAUUCGUAUGACCCUAUUUACACAAUGCCUUACCCAUUAAGCACUUUCUACAACUACGACUAUUCCACGCCACCCAUGAUCGCUGUUUUCUGGGCAGAUGCUGACUUCUCCCGUACAGGGGAUUUGUACUACCAGAUUUAUGACUUCCAGGCCAAUCCAGGCCAAAAUACAGAUUUUAAAACUAAAUUGGAAUCGCAAAUAAAAUUGAAUUUCUCCUCCACUAUUUCAAAUUUCAAGGCUCUCUGGGCUUUAACGAUAACUUGGGAUCAAGUUUUACCGUAUCCUGCAUAUUUCUUCAAUCCUUCACAGACAAGCACCUAUCAAGCUGUACUUGUCACAGAUGGCAUCAACUCGUUCUGCUUGAUGUAUUUUAAAGAUGGAGGAAUGAAUUGGAAUUAUUUAUCAAUUCCUUCAAAUUACUUACCAAAGAUGGGCUACUUUAGUGGAGAAUCUUCAUAUUACAGUUCUGCUACCAAUUUCCCAGCAUACAAUGACCCACAAACAAAUUAUGACGCUAGUAUCCAGAAAAGGUACACUCCAGAUCAGUACAUAGGACAAAACACAAAUAAAAAAGGCUACUGGGCAUAUCGGCUUGAAUAUAACUCAGGAUACACAGCAAAUUACAGAAAGCAAUGUUUGAACUGGUACUAUAAUGAAAUUUACUCAAAUGUAUUCCCUUACUGGAUGUAUUAUUCACGCCCAUGCCCAUGUACAUACAGGCAGGCCGUAUUUGAUUCUUCCUACAGACAGGCAAAUAUUCUACCAUACUAUGGCAUUCCUCAGAAAUACACAGAUUGGUAUAGUCAGUCCUACACUUUUCAGACUUCAUUUUCAACUUGGUUUGGAGGAGGAACCAGGUGCUACUACAGUUACUGGGGUAGUUUGACCUAUGGAGAGAAAGAGAGAUAUUUACCAACUCCCUGGGAGUAUGAGAACAGCUGGCUUCGGUGGUAUAACCCGUACUAUUACUACAAUUGGUAUUAUAGCCAAUACCUGUCUCAGAUGCAAACGAUCAGACGUCAAUACCAAGAACAAGAAGUGGAUCCUUAUAACAACUGUUGUUUAUACUCUGGUUCUUCAUACCUCUGUUCCUUAUACCGUCAAAGAAGACCUUAUGAUUCCUGUGUUGGAUAUGUUCCACCAAGAUUUGGAUUCCUGUUUGGAGACCCUCACAUCAACACACUGGAUGAUGUACAGUAUACUUUCAAUGGACUGGGAGAGUUUACCUUGGCCAAUGUUAGAGACGAGAACAACACACGUAUCUUCACACUCCAAGGACGCACAGUCAAGGCUGGCAACGACACACAAGCAACUAACUUUGUUGGACUGGCCGCAAGGACUCAAAAUCAAACGGUGGAGUGGUUACUGCAGGAUAAAAAUACAACAAUUGUGAAGAUUGACGGUAUCGCAUUUACCUUACCAGAUAAUGCUACACAGUUGAAUAAGUUGACCCUGGAGAAGACAGAGAAAAAUGAAAUAAUGGCUACCUUUGAUGGUGGGAUCUCAGUGACAGUUUCUGCUAAAGUGGGAGCCUUGAGCUUUACCACAAUGUUUGACGUUAUUUACAAGAACAAGACAGAAGGCCUUUUGGGUGUGUUCAAUGAUGAUAAAACUGAUGAUCUCAUGGCUUCUAAUGGAACAAAACUGGAAUUUGAUGGAGUAAAGCUCCCCAAUGAAUCCCUUAUUUUUGAAAUUGGAAUGACAUGGAAAACAACUCCCUUGAGCAGCAUUUUUAUUUACAAUGAGACAGAAGGGGAAUCCUGGUACACCUACAGCAAUAACAGCUUUGUGCCAUUGUUUUAUGAUCAGUUGCUACUGACUAGUGACCCUGCACUUAUCACCCAAGCAAAUGAAACAUGCAAAGGAAAUGAUGAAUGUAUUUUUGACAUUCUGAGUACUAAAAGUUUUGAGGUGGGAGAGAGUACGCUGGGCAGUGUGGCUGCUGCCCAAGAACAGAGCAGCACAAUGAACAGUUUUCCACCGAAUGUGACCGGACCAACCACCCUCCAGACCAAACUCUUUGAAUCUGUGACGGUGUACUAUACAGCAACCGAUAACAACAAUGACACAGUGGUCUUUUCCCUGCAGACAGACUCCUCUGAAAUCAAUAUAACAGGGAAUGGAAUGCUGGUAUGGCUUCCCACCAGUUCAUUUCCCGUUAAUGUCUCUGUAAUAGCUAAUAAUUCCAAAACCGCUACUUCAGUUGUCCUGACGUUGGUUCUCUGCAACUGUACCAACAAUGGCAGUUGUCUGUAUGACAGCCAAUUAAGCUUGGGGAAUGAAACCACAACCUUCAUGGUUGCAGGGUGUAACUGUUCUGCUGCAUGGACAGGGAUGUACUGUGAAAAGGAUUUCGAUGCUUGUAAACAGAACCAAUGUUUUGAUAACAACACCUGUAAAGAUGGAAUAGCUCCAGAAACAGGAUUUACGUGUGGACCAUGUCCUCCUAGUUUAACAGGAGAUGGAAUAACCUGUACAGCUAUUAAUGAAUGUUAUCUAAAUAUUUCGACUUGUCAGCAAAUCUGUAACAAUAAUGUGGACGGAUACAACUGUAGCUGUGAGAAAGGUUAUGAAGUGAACUCACUGAACAGCUCCUUGUGUGAUGACAUUGAUGAAUGUGCCAACGUCACAUCUCCAUGUGGUAUAAAUACCAACUGUACAAAUGUCCCUGGAAACUACUCCUGUGCAUGUUUGCCUGGUUAUGAAGGUGAUCCAACUUGGCUGUGUGUAGAUAUCAACGAGUGUACCAUGAAUGAGACUGUGUGUCCCGAACAAUCCCUAUGUAUAAACACAAAUGGAUCCUAUCAAUGUGACUGUCUGCCAGGAUUUGAUGGAGCCAAUUGCUCUGAUAUAAAUGAAUGUUCGGCAAAUUCCACGAUCUGUCCCCUAAAUUCAAAUUGUAAUAAUACUAUUGGCUCUUUCGUCUGUACGUGUAAAGUCGGUUUUGGUGGAGAAAACUGCACAGAUAUUGAUGAAUGCGCUCUUGGAAUAAACAACUGUAGUUGGGCAGACUGUGUGAACACUGUAGGAUCCUAUAAAUGCAUCUGUAGGACAGGAUACACUGGUGAUGGAGUGGUAUGCGUAGAUAUUAAUGAGUGCCAAGCAAAUGCUUCUAUUUGUGUAGCACAUGCCUCCUGUAAUAAUACCAUUGGCAGCUAUGAAUGCCACUGCGAUGAUGGAUUUACCUUGGUCAAUGGAACUUGUAAAGAUAUUGAUGAAUGCUCCUCGCCAGAAUAUUGUAAAGGUGCAGGAAGAAGUUGUAUAAACACAGAAGGCAGCUAUAAUUGCAGUUGUCAACAAGGUUACCAAUCAGUCAAUGAGAGCUGUGCAGAUAUUGAUGAAUGUCUUUCUUCUGCACUUAACAACUGUUCUGAGCAUGCCAUCUGCACCAAUGUGGCUGGAUCUUUCUUGUGCAUAUGUAUGGCAAACUACACAGGGAAUGGUGUUAUCUGCACAGUUUUAGAUGAAUGCCUUCUAAACACAACACACUGUGAACAUAACUGUACCAGCUUUCUUGGUGGACACAUUUGCAGCUGCAAGGAUGGCUACCAAGUGAAUGCUCUCAAUAGCUCUAAAUGUGAUGUUUUAGAUGAAUGCCUUCUAAACACAACACACUGUGAACAUAACUGUACCAGCUUUCUUGGUGGACACAUUUGCAGCUGCAAGGAUGGCUACAAAGUGAAUGCUCUCAAUAGCUCUAAAUGUGAUGAUAUUGAUGAGUGCACCAAUGCAACUUCUCCAUGUGCUGUGAACGCCAAUUGCAUCAACUUACUAGGAAACUACACCUGCUAUUGUAUGCCAGGAUACGAAGGUGAUGGCUAUCUACAGUGUACUGCCAUAAAUAUAACAACUGAAGCUCCAACUACUCCUCAACCUAACAAUACAACAACGGAAUAUACAGGCACACCCUCAGGAAAUGAGUCCUCUGUCACCACCCUAGUUCCUGUCACUAAUGCCAGCAGUGUCACAACUGGUGCAAAUGAAACUAUUCAGAGCCCGAGCCCAACACUGCCUGUAAACCAGACCACAACAACAACCAACACAACUCUUAGCACCUCUGAUGUAAAUGUAACAGGUCAGGGAACAAGUCCAACAGGACCUACAAACCAGACUGUGAUCACCACUGAAGCUCCAGUCACACAUAUAAGCACCCCUGAUACCAAUUCAACUGUUCAGAACCAAAGUACAACAAUGCUACCAACAAACCAGACCACAGUUUCCACCCCAGUACCUGAAGCAAAUACUACUUUAGUCACAUCUACUGUAAAUGUAACAAGCCAAACAGGACCUACAAACCACACUGUGAUCACCACUGAAGCUCCAGUCACACAUAUAAGCACCCCUGAUACCAAUUCAACUGUUCAGAACCAAAGUACAACAAUGCUACCAACAAAGCAGACCACAGUUUCCACCCCAGUACCUGAAGCAAAUACUACUUUAGUCACAUCUACUGUAAAUGUAACAAGCCAAACAGGACCUACAAACCAGACUGUGAUCACCACUGAAGCUCCAGUCACACAUAUAAGCACCCCUGAUACAAAUUCAACUGUUCAGAACCAAAGUACAACAAUGCUACCAACAAACCAGACCACAGUUACCACCCCAGUACCUGAAGCAAAUACUACUUUAGUCACAUCUGCUGUAAAUGUAACAAGUCCAACAGGACCUACAAACCAGACUGUGAUCACCACUGAAGCUCCAGUCACACAUAUAAGCACCCCUGAUAUCAAUUCAACUGUUCAGAGCCAAAGUACAACAAUUCUACCAACAAACCAGACCACCGUUUCCACCCCAGUACCUGAAGCAAAUACUACUUUAGUCACAUCUACUGUAAAUAUAACAAGUCCAACAGGACCUACAAACCAGACUGUGAUCACCACUGAAGCUCCAGUCACACAUAUAAGCACCCCUGAUAUCAAUUCAACUGUUCAGAGCCAAAGUACAACAAUGCUACCAACAAACCAGACCACAGUUACCACCCCAGUACCUGAAGCAAAUACUACUUCAGUUACAUCUGUAGUAAAUGUAACAGUCCAUGACACAACAGUACCUACAAACCAGACUACAACCACCACUGCAGCUGUUCAAAGUCCAAGUUCAACCACACAUAUAAACCAGAACACAGACACAUUAGUUACACCACUGUCUACUAACAGCACAUCUGUGAGCUCUACAACUGGAUCAACAACAGCUAUAUCUAUUACUGCUACUAAUGCUACAUCAACUCAAACACCAUCAUCUACUAUCACAACUACAGCAAGAACAACAGCCACAACUAAUGUGCCUACCACGAGUGGAAGUGCACCUGCAGCUGUAUACCUUUUUGAUUAUGGAUCAAGUGUUGGUGAUAUUGCCUAUGUAUCAAGAAGGACAGAUUUUACCUCUCCCUUGUUCCAGCCAUUGAUGGGAUUCCCCUUUGGAAACCAAAUAAGGAAUUUCCUUUAUUACACAGACAAUGGGCAAAUCAUCUUUCCAUUAUCAAGAAAUAAUAUCUUCUCUUACCCAAAUCCUCCAGUCAAUGGAUUCAGUACAGGUUUCACCUCCGCAUCAAUAGCUGUGUUUUGGAAUGAUGCAGAUUUUUCCAAAAAUGUGGGAACUACCUAUUACCAAGAAUAUGAUUCAAGAAAUAACGCUGUAGUUGAAAGAGUCGAAGGCUUUAUUAAGAAUUAUACAAAAACAUCAUACGCUGCUCAGUGGACAUUGAAGAUUACCUGGGAGAAUGCUCCUGCUUAUCCAGCAACUGCAAAUGAUGUCAAGACUAGCACAUACCAGGCUGUGCUGACCACGGAUGGAUUUGUCUCCUAUGUGCUGAUGUUAUAUAAAGAUGGUGGCAUGAACUGGGAUCUAACUACACGCUUCCCUAAACCAUUGAUGGGCUAUUGUAGUGGCAACAGGGAUUCAUUUUUCAAUAGCACCUUUAUAAAUAGCAAUUCAGAUUUGCAAGGUCUCAAAUUAUAUUUGCUGAACAGUACACAUCUGGAUAACAGUCGUAUGAAUUGCCUGAACUGGUACAAUGCUCAGCCGUCACCAUCAUCGUGGAAUUCAGGCUUGCUCUCUUGUCCUUGCUUAUACAGACAAGGGAUCUCCGAUUUCCGGUUUAGAACAACAAAAGCAGGUGGGAGCAGCACAAUCAGCUUGCUCCGCAGCACAUCUCCAAAUCGAUUUAAUGCUGGUAUAAGGUGUGUGUACUACCGGAAGAAUCAGUUCCUAGAAGGGUUUCAAGAAAGGGCUUGGAUCUCCGCAUCUUUAAAACCUGACCCUGAACUGGAUGCUUUUGACACAUGCUGCAAUGGAGUGGAUGAUCCCCAGUUUUGCUCUAUGUACAUGCAGAAGAGAUUCCCAAUCAACUGCCGUAAUUACAGACCUUUAGUCCCUGGAUGGAUGUUUGGAGAUCCUCAUAUCACAACCCUAGAUGGUCUCAGUUAUACUUUCAACGGACUUGGAGAUUUCGCACUUGUGAAUGCAUCAGCUGAAAAUAUCACCUUCAUUCUACAAGGACGUACAGUGCGGACUGGCACUGCACAGGCUACCAACUUUGCAGGAUUUGCUGUACAGUACACCUCCAGUAGUGCCAGUGUUACAGUAGAGUGGUAUCUUGAAAGUAAUGGCAGUAUAUCUACCCUUAUAAAUGGUCAAAAUGUGACAUUCACUUACUCAGAAGACAUGGAUGCUGAGAUUAAUGGCACCAACCCAGCCGUCUUUUUACUUAAAAAUGACUCCAUCACUGCAACCUUUGAAGGGAUUUUGUCUGUGUCAGUGUCUCAGUAUUCUGGGAUGUUUAGUGCUGUCUCCAGUCUUCCAAAUGAGUUUCUUGGGAAAACGAAAGGAUUGCUAGGUACCUGGAAUAAUGACCAGAGUGAUGAUUUCAUGAGACCAAAUGGCACAACCAUCCCCUCAAAUAGUUCGGAACAAGAUAUAUAUAAUUAUGGAUUGCUAUGGGAGGCCAAAGAGAAUAACUUGUUUACAAAUCCACAAGCACUUGAAAGAAGUGUAUUCAUUCCAAUUUUCUUCAGUAGUUUGAUAGCUCAAAAUUUAACACAGUAUGGAGAGUUGCAAACUUUAUGCGGCAACAACACAGAAUGUAUCUUUGAUGCUAUGAGCACCAACCAAACAAACCUGGGCUUAGCAACAUUACGUGUAUCUGACACCUUACAGGCAGUUAAUGAAACUUUGAAUGCCGAACCUCCUCAUAUCAUUGGUGAUUCAACCAUUCUUACCUUCAUGAGUACCGGUAUUACAGUAAAUUUUACUUCCAAUGGGACAAUUGUGACUUUUUCCAGCGACCCUACCACAAACUUGGACAUUUCUUUGUCAUCAACCGGAUCUCUGACAUGGAAACCGACAAGUACAGUAGGAUUUACAUUCAACCUUGUAGCUACUGACUCAAAAAACCUGUCAUCUGCCCUCCAACUCAACUUUGUGGUCUGUAACUGUAAUCUUUCUGCUCAGUGUAAUUACACCAUGGCAACGAAAAUCAACAAUAGCUCUCUUGCUAUUGCUGGGUGUAUUUGCACAAACAACUAUACAGGAGAAUUCUGCCAGAACCCACCCAAUCCGUGUAUUCAAGGCUGCUACCCUAAUGUGACAUGUGAUAAUACAACUGGCUGUGGACCAUGUCCAUCUGGCUUCUCUGGGGAUGGGAUCCAUUGUACAGAUAUUGAUGAAUGUUCCACUGAUACUAAUAAAUGUGAUAAAUAUGCUAAUUGUACCAAUACCUUUGGAAAUUAUACCUGCACAUGCAGAAAUGGAUUUCAUGGUGAUGGAUUCACAUGCACUGAUAUUGAUGAGUGCCAGGGCAACAAUUCCUGUUUAGCAAAUGCCACCUGUACUAACACACUUGGCAGUUACAGCUGCUCCUGCAAAAAUGGAUUCACAGGCGAUGGAGUCACAUGCACUGAUAUUGAUGAGUGCCAGGGCAACAAUUACUGUUCACCAAAUGCCACCUGUACUAACACACCUGGCAACUACAGCUGCUCCUGCAAAAAUGGAUUCACAGGUGAUGGGUUGACAUGCACUGAUAUUGAUGAGUGCCAGGGCAACAAUUCCUGUUUACCAAAUGCCACCUGUACUAACACACCUGGCAGUUACAGAUGCUCCUGCAAGGAAGGAUUCACAGGCGAUGGAGUCACAUGCACUGAUAUUGAUGAGUGCCAGGGCAACAAUUACUGUUCACCAAAUGCCACCUGUACUAACACACCUGGCAACUACAGCUGCUCCUGCAAAAAUGGAUUCACAGGCAAUGGAUUCACAUGCACUGAUAUUGAUGAGUGCCAGGGCAACAAUACCUGUUCAGCAAAUGCCACCUGUACUAACACACCUGGCAGUUACAGCUGCUCCUGCAAGGUUGGAUUCACAGGCAACGGAUUCACAUGCACUGAUAUUGAUGAGUGCCAGGGCAACAAUACCUGUUCAGCAAAUGCCACCUGUACUAACACACCUGGCAGUUACAGCUGCUCCUGCACGGUUGGAUUCACAGGCAAUGGAUUCACAUGCACUGAUAUUGAUGAGUGCCAGGGCAACAAUACCUGUUCAGCAAAUGCCACCUGUACUAACACACCUGGCAGUUAUAGCUGCUCCUGCAAGGUUGGAUUCACAGGCAAUGGAGUCACAUGCACUGAUAUUGAUGAGUGCCAGGGCAACAAUUCCUGUUCAGCAAAUGCCACCUGUACUAACACACCUGGCAGUUACAGCUGCUCCUGCAAGGUUGGAUUCACAGGUGAUGGAGUCACAUGCACUGAUAUUAAUGAGUGCCAGAGCAACAAUCCCUGUUCAGCAAACGCCAACUGUAUUAACACAUAUGGCAGUUACAGCUGCUCCUGCAAAUAUGGAUUCACAGGCAAUGGAGUCACAUGCACUGAUAUCGAUGAGUGCCAGGGCAACAAUUCCUGUUCAGCAAAUGCCACCUGUACUAACACACCUGGCAGUUACAGCUGCUCCUGCAAGGUUGGAUUCACAGGUGAUGGAGUCACAUGCACUGAUAUUAAUGAGUGCCAGGGAAACAAUUCCUGUUCAGCAAACGCCAACUGUAUUAACACAUAUGGCAGUUACAGCUGCUCCUGCAAAUAUGGAUUCACAGGCGAUGGAUUCACAUGCACUGAUACUGAUGAGUGCCAGGGCAACAAUACCUGUUCAGCAGAUGCCACCUGUACUAACAUACCUGGCAGUUACAGCUGCUCCUGCAAAGAUGGAUUCACAGGGAAUGGCACUGUGUGUAUUUGUAGUACAUGUGACUCCAAUUAUUGCAGCAAUGGUGGACAAUGUACAAGAAUCCUACCAUACUGCAAUCCUGUAUGUCAGUGCCUUGAUGCAUACACCGGUGAAAAAUGCACAGUAACAAGGGACAGAUACCCGGCACAACUGAAUCCAGGUACAAAAAAAAGAUCUGUGUUUGUAACCUUUACAAGUGGAGCUAACUUCUCAGAAGAAGACGGUUAUAAUAAGAUUAGGACAGUUCUUACAAAUGCUCCAAUAGAUGUAGAUUCUGUAUUUGAUAAUAAAAGCAAUACCAUAGAGAACCCUAUGAAUACUAGUAAUAAUAUUUGGAAUGCAAAGUUCACAGCGCGGUUUACAUAUAUAGCAAAUAUCACAGUUGUUGGAUUCUUAAAUGAUAAAUUGGUGGAUUAUAUUAUUAGCAAUGCCAAUCAAAAAAGAAGUACACGUUCAACAGCUCUUUCAAUAUCUGACGCUACAAGUGGUGACAAGUUGAAUGUAAGUGAGCUGGCACAGAAUUUAAUAUGUGUGUCUGGCUUUGUAUUGGAUCUUACCACUUUACAAUGUAAUUCUAAGUGUAAUUCAUACUGUAUGAAUGAUGGAACUUGUAAUCUGAUUGGAGGCAACGCUACCUGCAUUUGUAAACCAUUCACUAUUUAUGCCACUUUUGGUGAACGAUGUGAAAACCUCUCAAUGAACCUUAAUGCAUUCUUUGGAAUAUUAUUUGGAGCUUUGGCAUUCCUCUUCCUGUUGAUCAUGGGCAUAGUGUUGGGAAUAUACAUCUAUAGAAAGAGGAAAAGCAAGAAUGAUCAUGACGAUACAGACCAGUUGUACCAAACACGAUUUACCUGGAAACCACCAAUCUUGCCAUCUUUUCAAAGACUGGGAGAUAAGGAGAUCCCAUCUUUGGACACAGAUACGUCACCCGAUUUGAUUUCCUGGAAACCACACUUAGACAAAGUAGACAGUGCGGCAGAGAUCAAGAUUAAGCGACCUGAAAUGAAACCUAAUGAAAACUUGUAUGGAUAAUCAGCUCAGGGAAAGCUGAUACUCACGCUCAUGUUUUAACCAGUUUCCUAAAACUGGUAUGUCCAGAGAACAGACUGUCUAAUAAUUACAAAGUGUAAUAAAAUCUUUAUGUAAUUGAAUCGCUAUAUGAUGACAGGCUGAAUGUCUAAUGUAUUAAAUAAAUGUUAAAUUAUUUAUUAAAUGAUAAAUGAUAACUCAGCCCUAAAAGACCAAUAUGCUGCCUGAUCUUAUCGUGUUUUUAUGUUAUUGAUGAAAUCCCUAAGCUAAAACAGGAUGAACUACAAGUAUAAGCUUAUUCUCCUAUUCUACCUUGAUUAAAUAUGCAGAGCAGUGUCUGUACCCAUACCGGCUCUCACUACCUACGGUGUUCUAUUGCAGAGAACUAAAGGAAAACUGAAAGUGUUACCUUUGGCAUUCAAUUGGAUUCUGCUUUUCAACCCUACAUGAUAUAAUCCUAAUUGAAACUUGAAUGGUUGCUAUUAGCAACCAACUUUCCUUACAUCUACAGAAAUACUCUAAAAGGUUUAAAAUCUGUAACCAUAAUGAAGGGUAGUUUUAUGGGAAUAAGCUGCUAUUAUGUGCAAUUGUGAAUGGUUUGUACACAAUGACAAUAUAUUCCAACCAUUUAGAUUUUAAACUUGAAUAUAUAUGAAAGGGUUUUUCUCAAUACUAUAUUGCACCGUUCUAGUCUUUGUAUACUGUUAAAAGGCUAAAGAGUAUAUUUUUGUAUCAGCCUUGUAUAGCCUUUGAUUGUGAAGCUAUUUUUUAUUCUCUAAUGUAUAUAAUGUAUCAAACUAUGUAAUAAAGCAUAUGUUAUGCAACGCGCCUGAGCUUCUAAUAUGAUAAGGAUUAGAACCAAAAUGGAUGAUGGUGCAGCUCUUUCUAUUUAUAUGCCUUACAGUUUUAAUAAAAAUUAUUAAUUUCA